UCAACUUUCAACCAUAAAACUAGUUGCCGUUAGUUUUUAUCUUCUAUAUAUCUCUUCCUUGUCCCAUUUUCUCUUCUACUUAUAUACACACACAUUCUGAAUUUCUGAUACCUGCUAAAAACAUAGUGCAAUGGCAAGCCAUUCUCACUCCUUUUCCAGCUUCAAAUCCUACCUCCACGCCCUCUCCGACACCCCAAACCGCCUCCGCCGCCGCGCCUGCUCCGUCUCCACUUCACUGCAAGAAAUGAACAAGGUCCGCUCCCUCUCCGGCUCCGAGAUGAAGCGGUCGCUCGGCUGGCACGACCUCAUCUGCUUCGGAAUCGGCGGGAUGGUCGGCGCCGGCGUCUUCAUCACCACCGGCCGCGCCAGCCGCCUCUGCGCCGGCCCCGCCGUCGUCCUCUCCUACGCCAUUGCCGGUCUCUGCGCCCUCCUCUCCGCCUUCUGCUACACCGAGUUCGCCGUCGCCAUGCCCGUCGCCGGCGGCUCCUUCAGCUACAUCCGCGUCACCUUCGGCGAGCUCCCCGCCUUCUUCACCGGCUCCAAUCUCAUCGUCGACUACGUCCUCUCCAACGCCGCCGUCGCCCGCGGCCUCACUUCCUACCUCGGCACCGCACUAGGCCUUCCGGCGAACACGCAGCUGCGGUUCACCGUCCACAGCCUGCCGAAAGGAUACAAUGAGAUCGACUUGAUCGCGGUGGCAGUAGUGCUGCUCAUCACAAUCGUCAUCUGCUACAGCACGAAGCAGAGCUCGUGGGUGAACAUGUCGCUCACGGUGCUGCACAUUCUCUUCAUAGCGUUCGUGAUCGCGAUGGGGUUCUGGAGAGGGAAACUGGUCAAUUUCACGGAGCCGAGCGAUCCUAAAAACGCAGGCGGAUUCUUUCCCUUCGGAGCGGCGGGAGUGUUCAACGGCGCGGCGGUGGUGUACAUGAGCUACAUCGGGUACGACGCGGUGUCGACGAUGGCGGAGGAGGUGGAGAAUCCGGUGAGGAAUAUUCCGAUUGGGGUGACGGGGUCGGUGAUGAUUGUGACGGUAUUAUACUGCUUGAUGUCGGCAUCGAUGUCGGCGCUUCUGCCAUACGAUUUGAUCGAUGCGGAAGCGCCGUUUUCGGGGGCGUUUAAGGAGGGGUCUAAGUGGGUGUCGAAUGUGAUCGGUGUGGGGGCCAGUUUCGGGAUAGUGACGUCUCUCCUGGUGGCGAUGCUGGGCCAGGCUCGAUACAUGUGUGUCAUCGGCCGAUCUUGUGUGGUCCCCUCCUGGUUUGCGCAGGUCCACCGCUCCACCUCUACCCCUGUCAACGCCUCUUGCUUCCUCGGGAUGUUGACAGCAGCAAUCGCGUUGUUUACUGAUCUAGAUAUCCUGCUGGAUUUGGUGUCGAUCGGGACUCUGUUCGUGUUCUACAUGGUGGCGAAUGCAGUGAUAUACCGGCGCUAUGUGGCCAUAGGGACGACGAAUCCAUGGCCGACUCUGUCUUUCCUCUUCUGCUUCUCACUCACUUGCAUCCUCUUCACUCUCCUCUGGUACUUGACACCAUCCGGCAAGCCCAGGCUCGUGAUGCUCGGAGUUUCUGCUGCUCUCGCCAUUGCUCUCCUGCAGGUGUUCCUCUUCAUGGUUCCUCAGGUCCGGAAGCCCGAGAAUUGGGGAGUCCCCUUCAUGCCCUGGAUUCCCUCCAUAUCCAUCUUUCUCAACAUAUUCUUGUUGGGUGCCCUCAACAAGGCAUCCUAUAUCCGGUUCGGAUACUUCUCCGCUCUCACGGUGCUCGUGUACGUGGUGUACAGCGUGCAUUCGAGCUUCGACGCUGAGGAGGAUGGCAUUCUCGGUGAAACGGCUGCAGGAGAGAGCAUCAAGGGUAGAGAAGUUCAUAUUCCUUAGCUCUCUUUAUUUGUUUAAGGAAAUGAGUAGCAAAAGAUUAGAUGAAUAUUGAAUACUGUCUACUCAACAACUGUAUAUCAUCCAUCUAAUUUUGUGCAACUUUUCACUCUGAAAUUACUACUACUACUUAAUAUAUAAUGUUUAUAGUCAUAA